AUGCUUUUACUUACUUUUUUUUCAAGUUGCGUUAACAACGCAUUUAAGUUGACGUCUGUGCGUCUAUUAGUUGCUGUACAUUUUUAUCCCUUUCGGUUUUGGUCUUGCUGGUGGGUGUUGUUUGAGCAACUAAGUGGGAAUGCACCUUGUCGGAAUUUUGUUGUUAUUUUAUGCGCGAAACAGGCACCGCUCAAUAGCUUUAAUGUAAAUAUGGCUUCUUUCUCUUAUUCUUUGUGCCCCCUGGCGGCGUGCCUAUUCUUCUUUUGUUGUUCUGUUUUUCGGUAUCCUUUCGACGCUUUUCACUUUAUUGAGCAAGUCGCUUUCAGCGUCUGUUUCCAUUUCCACUUCGAACGGCGUACUAUUGUGUUUUACUUUUCCUUGGGUACUUGUUUUCUUGGCGUGUGCUGUUACACCCUGCCAUAUCUUUUUUAA